AUGACGUAGCAUAAACUAAUUUAAAUCGCUGAUUUUAUUGGCAGCGGAGAGCGGUAAUGGAUAAAUGUACUGGUCCCGCACACUUUUUAUUGAGCUCUUUCUUAUUAUCAUGUUUAUUUGGGCUAUCGCUCGGAACGGAACUGAGCUUUGUGACUUGCGGCUCGGUCGUGAAGCUGUUAAAUGUAAAGCACAAUGUCAGACUGCACUCUCACGACGUGCGCUACGGCUCUGGUAGCGGACAGCAGUCAGUGACAGGGGUGACUACAGUGGAGGACAGUAACAGUUACUGGAAUGUACGGGGCACCAGCGGGGCCCUAUGUCAUAGGGGGACUCCUGUUAAGUGUGGUCAGACCAUCCGCCUCACCCACCUCAACACCGGACGCAACCUGCACAGCCACUAUUUCACCUCUCCGCUGUCCUCCAACCAGGAGGUGAGUGCGUUUGGUGAGGAGGGAGAGGGGGACCACCUGGAUGAGUGGACUGUGCAGUGCGGAGGGUCAGUGUGGGAGCGUGAGGAGGCCGUCCGCUUCCAGCAUGCCUCCACUGAUACAUUGCUAUCUGUUACGGGGGAGCAGUACGGCCGGCCCAUCCACGGGCAGAGGGAGGUUCACGCUAUGACGGGCUCCAGCCAGCACAGCCUGUGGAGGGCCAUGGAGGGGGUGUAUAUGAAGCCCAGUGAAAGCCCACUAGGGAACAUGGACUACAGCCAUCCUCUACACACAGAGUUCUAAUUCUAAAUCAACCUGUUACCUGACCCAGCUAGCGCUUAGUUAACUAACUACUCAGUGUUUCUUAAUCCUGGUUCUGGGGACCCAAAGGCUGUAUGUUUUAGUUUUUGCCUUAGCACUACACACCUUAGCACUACACACCUGAUUUUAAAAUCAAAGCUUGA